AUGACGCACAAGGCGACCAAGAUCGUCAUCAUCACCGAAAAGCUCAUCGUCGAGGGCGUGACGAAGAUCAUCGAGGAGGCCGGCGCGAGCGGCUACACGAUGGUGCAGGCCGCCGGCAAGGGCAGUCGCGGGGUGCGCUCGUCCGGCCGCCCGGCGGUCGUCGAUGCCUUCGCCAAUGUCAAGGUCGAGGUGAUCACGGCAACCCGCGACAUGGCCGAACAGAUCGCCGACAAGGUCGCCGCGCGCUACUUCGAGAACUAUUCGGGCAUCACCUAUCUCGAAGAGGUCGAGAUCCUGCGGCCGCACAAAUUCUGA